CUGUAAUCAAAAGCGACACCAAGUGAAGAUCCCAACCUAAGAGCGGCAUCUUCUCCAAAAGAUCCUUCACCUCUCCGCACGUGACACCUCACACGCUCCAAUUUCUCAGACAUUUACCUAUAAAUAACCACCGUUCCAACUGUCUCUUCUCUCUUCUCUCUCUUCUCACAAUCCUCUCUCUUUCUCUCUCUAGCGGUAAUAAGGAAAAAAACAAACGGAUGGUGAAUCUUUUACUGCAGUAAGAACGGAAAAGGGGAAAAAAAAACCUGGGCUGUUCGAAAUAUAAAAUUACGCGGUCUCUAGCAUUUCGCCCUUUUCUCUCUCUCGCUCUGUUCCUUCUUUCCAUGGUGAUCUGAGGCGGAGGUAGAGAGGGACUGUAGUUGAAUUCUAGGGUUUUGGUUUUUUUUUUCCUUCCUUCUCUUCUUCUCUCUGCUCCCUCAUUUGCCCUAGCGCGCAAUGGGAGAGACGGUGUCGGCAUUCGAUUCGUAUCUCUUCUCUGCCAGCAGAGCUUGUUGCAGUCCUCUCGCCAUUUUUAUCCAGAUCCAGGGAUGCGUAAUCUGCUUAACUCUUGCUCUUGGGUGGGCUCUUGCAGCUUAUGUCAGGAAUAGAGAGAUCAAGCGAAUAAAGGAUAAUAUGAAAGGUGGGAAUAGCUUUGCAUUUCUUUACCAUGAUAUCAAUGACCUUGAGCACUCUAAUCAAGCUAAGCUUCCAAGAGUGUCAGUUGUUAUGCCUUUAAAGGGAUUUGGAGAACAUAAUCUACACAACUGGAGUAGUCAGGUCACAUCUCUGUAUGGUGGUCCUUUAGAAUUCCUUUUUGUUGUGGAAAGUGCAGAAGACCCAGCUUACCACGCUGUAGCUCGGUUGAAAUCAGAUUUUAAGGAUGAUGUUGAUAUUAAGAUUGUUGUGGCUGGUUUGUCAACAACUUGUAGUCAAAAAGUUCAUAAUCAGUUGGUUGGGGUGGAUAGAAUGCAUAAAGGCAGCAAGUAUGUAUUAUUCCUGGAUGAUGAUGUCAGGCUGCAUCCUGGGACCAUUGGGGCCCUCGUUGCUGAGAUGGAAAAAAAUCCUGAGAUAUUUAUUCAAACCGGAUAUCCUCUUGAUUUGCCUUCUGGAAGUUUAGGAAGUUACUGCAUUUACGAAUAUCAUAUGCCUUGUUCGAUGGGUUUCGCUACAGGUGGAAAAACAUUCUUUUUGUGGGGAGGGUGUAUGAUGAUGCAUGCGGAUGAUUUCAGAAAUGAUAAUUAUGGAGUGGUUUCGGGACUUCGAGACGGUGGAUACUCUGAUGACAUGACUCUUGCAGCAAUUGCUGGGAAUCAUAAGAGGCUGAUUACAUCUCCGCCAGUUGCUGUCUUUCCUCACCCCCUUGCAAGUGAUCUUAGUUUUCCAAGAUACUGGAAUUACUUGAGGAAGCAAACAUUUGUUCUUGAAUCAUACAUUUCGAAGGUUAACUGGAUUAUGAAUCGUGCAUUAUUUUCUUCCCACUGCUAUCUAUCGUGGGGAUUUGUAGCACCCUACUUGAUGGCUAUAAUUCACAUUGCAGCAGCACUACGAGUUGCUUCUAAAGAGUACUCGCCUGAGGAAACAACCUUUGCUUCUGGUGGGUUGUUGCUGGUUAGCUCCCUUGCUAUAUGCACUAUUGUAGAACUUCUGUCAAUGUGGAACUUGACAAGGAUAGAAGUUCAACUAUGCAACAUGUUAUCUCCUGAGGCAACCCCACUGUCACUUGCGUCGUAUAACUGGGGCCUUGUGUUUAUUGCAUUGCUGGUGGAUAAUUUUUUGUACCCUGUUUCUGCAUUCCGUUCACAUUUGACUCAAUCUAUCAAUUGGUCUGGUAUCAGAUACCACUUGAAAGAUGGGAAGAUAAGCAAGAUUGACAGAGGCAAAGAUAUUGGUUCCAACUACACUGACCUGGGAGGAAAGCAUUUAUAUGGUAAGAAAGGUGCCCCAACAAAAGUGUCAUUCCUAAGCUCUUUGGCAAGAAGUUUGCAACAGUGGCACCAGCCCAAGAAAUUCGAUGUCUAGCAAUGUAUCCUACAAACAAGAAAUUGUGAUAAUUUUAUCUUCUUGGCCAGAUGUGAUGAUCAGUAAUGACAGCUUCAAGGGUAAAACUUUUGGCAGAUCGCUUGGUCUUGCCUGGUCAUCCUGGAUUACAUGCCCAAUCCUUUAUGGCAUUGAUAGAUUUCAAUAUUCUAGGAUCUGUCUCAUUUUUUUUUUUUAAUUCUUAUUCAAUCGAUUUGAUUCUUCAGCCCCACCCUACAUGUAUGGGCUGAUUUUGUAAUUUGUGCCUGUCAUGUUCUUCUGUAAUUCCUUAAAUUCUUAUAGGGGAUUUAAAUGCCAAUGUAGACAUUGAAUUUGUGGAAUUCCUGCUCUCUUGGAAUCUGACUUAAGAUUUCAGUUGUAUCAAUCCUGUAAUUUUAGGCUUUCUGUUUUGUCUCA